AUGACUUUCGAGUCGUGUAGUCAUGAUGAUUUAUUUUCAAUUUUUCAAUUUUUGGAACCCCGAUGCAUUAUUUAUUCAUGUGUCGGAGUGAGUCAGAGAUGGAAACAAGUGGCUUGUUGUAAUGUGCUGUGGAAGUAUUUUUGUGAUUCUAUUUUGAUGAAUGAUGUGUUUGAAUGGCAUUUGGAAGUGGAACGGUGUUGGGCUUUGAAUCAUCUUCGUGAUGAUGAGUAUCUUGUGGAUGAUGAAAGAGAUCAUCAAAUAUUAGUAGAUCAUCAUUCUGAUGAGAAUCUGACUGAUGAAAGAUCAAUAACCAUACAUGAAAUUUGUGGAAGAAGAAAUAAUGAAUAUUAUUGGUAUCAUAUAUUCCGAUCCUUGUUCAGAAUUCCAAUUUUUAAAUUAUUUACAAUUUCUGGUGAGGAGAGAGGCAGAUAUUAUUGUUCGGCUCGAUUAGAAGAUUAUUUUGAUUUCCUUGUUCCACCAACAUUUGAACAGUUCGAGAUUAUAUCCACUCCAUUAUGGCCUCUCACACAACCAGUCCAUGAUGAUGACUCUUAUCAGCAUUCAUUUCAACAAGCAUGUUCAGAAGAAGCUAAAAUUUCACCAGAAUAUGUACGACAGGAUUGGAAAUACACUUUAGCGAAAAUGGCAACUCUAUUAUCUAUUUUAAGUAAUGGAUCGACACAAACCCCAAAUCCAUGGAAUGAUAAGCUAGUUCUUGCUUCAUUUCAACAGAUGGAUGACCAAAAUAACGUUUGGGAAGUGAAAAAAAUAGCAACGAUAUCUGUUGGAGCAUUUUGUGUCGCCCAAAUGUUUCCUGAUUCGAGUUUUAAGAAAAUGAAUGAACUUGUUUCCAUUUCGACAAACAAUCAUGACUGUCGAAUAUCAAUUUCUCCUUACAUUGAAGAUACAAAUCAUGUCAAACCGUUUUGUUUUUUUGGGUACAUGGAUGACUAUUUUUCAUUACAAGUGGAGAAUGGUCACGAGAAUCAUGGUGUGAAACAAGAUGAAAAUAUUAAUGUCAACAAACCAUCGUUUUGUUGGUAUGAUUCUUGGGAUGAUAGAUACGAUCAUUUCUUGUGGCUUCCAAUCUUAUUUAAUGCUGGUGGAUGUGUGAGGACUUUCAAGUAUAAGGCCACUUUUUUGGAGAAUAAUGUACUGAGAGUUGAAAAGCAUUAUGAGUUGGAGUACUGA